UCGGCCUCGGGAGCGCGCCCUCUCCCUGGUGCGCGCGCUCGCAACCUCCGCCACCCACCAGCUCCGGCACCAGCAGCAGCAGCGCCGCCGCCGCCGCCGCCCACCUUCUGCCGCCGCCACCACAGCCACUUUCUCCUCUCUUUCCUCUACUGUCCUCGCCCUCUGUCGACUAUCAGGUGGGCCUUGACCCAGGAUGGCUGAACCCCGCCAGGACUUCACCGUGAUGGAUGAUCAUGCUGGGACGUACGGGACGGGGGAGAGGAAAGACCUCCCCUCUCAGGGGAGCUACACCCUAAUGCAAGACCACGAGGGUGACGUGGACCAGGGCUUGAAAGAGUCUCCCCUGCAGACCCCCGCUGAUGAUGGAUCUGAGGAACCGGGCUCUGAAACCUCGGAUGCUAAGAGCACGCCGACGGCAGAAGACGCGACAGCGCCCUUAGUGGAUGAGGGAGCUCCCGGCGAGCAGGCGGCCGCUCAGCCCCACACGGAGAUCCCAGAAGGAACCACAGCUGAAGAAGCAGGCAUUGGAGACACCCCCAACCUGGAAGACCAAGCCGCCGGACAUGUGACUCAAGUUUCCACAGAGAUCGAGGCCUCAGAGCCCCCCGGGCCCGGUUCAGGGCCCACGGCGGAAGGGCAGGACACGCCCCCCGGGUUCACCUUCCACGUGGAAAUCAAAGCCAACGUGCAGAAGGAACAGGCACGUUCAGAGGUGGAUUUGGAAGGGGCUGCACUUCCCGGCCCCCCUGGAGAGGAGCAAGAGCCCCGGGGCCCUUCUGAGGGAGAGGACACAAAAAAGUCGGACCUUCCAGAACCGUCCGAAAAGCAGCCUGCAGCUGUUCUGCCAGGGAAGCCCAUCAGCCGGGUCCCUCAACUCAAAGCUCGCAUGGUCAGUAAAGGCAGAGAUGGGACGGGAGCUGAUGACAAAAAAGCCAAGACAUCCACACCUUCCUCUGCUAAAACCCUGAAAAAUAGGCCUUGCCUUAGCCCCAAACGCCCCACUCCUGGUAGCUCAGACCCUUUGAUCAAACCCUCCAGCCCUGCCGUGUGCCCAGAGUCAUCUUCCUCUCCUAAACACGUCUCUUCUGUCACACCCCGAACUGGCAGUUCUGGAGCAAAGGAGAUGAAAGCCAAGGGGGCGGACGGUAAAGCUGGAACGAAGAUCGCCACACCCCGGGGAGCGGCCCCUCCAGGCCAGAAAGGCCAGGCCAAUGCCACCAGGAUUCCAGCGAAAACCACGCCCUCCCCAAAGACCCCACCGGGCACCGCUACCAAGCAAGUGCAGAGAAAACCACCCCCUGCAGGGGCAAAAUCUGAGCGAGGUGAAUCUGGGAAAUCUGGGGAUCGCAGCGGCUACAGCAGCCCCGGCUCCCCGGGCACCCCCGGCAGCCGCUCCCGCACCCCGUCCCUGCCGACCCCGCCGACCCGGGAGCCCAAGAAGGUGGCGGUGGUCCGCACUCCACCCAAGUCGCCAUCUUCAGCCAAGAGCCGCCUGCAGACGGCCCCCGUCCCCAUGCCAGACCUGAAGAAUGUCAGAUCCAAGAUCGGCUCCACCGAAAACCUGAAGCACCAGCCAGGAGGCGGGAAGGUGCAGAUAAUUAAUAAGAAGCUGGAUCUUAGCAACGUCCAGUCCAAGUGUGGCUCAAAGGAUAAUAUCAAACACGUGCCAGGAGGCGGCAGUGUGCAAAUAGUGUACAAACCAGUGGACCUGAGCAAGGUGACCUCCAAGUGUGGCUCGCUAGGCAACAUCCAUCAUAAGCCAGGAGGCGGCCAGGUGGAGGUAAAAUCUGAGAAGCUGGACUUCAAGGACAGAGUCCAGUCGAAGAUCGGGUCCCUGGAUAACAUCACCCACGUCCCUGGUGGAGGGAAUAAAAAGAUCGAAACCCACAAGCUGACCUUCCGCGAGAACGCCAAAGCCAAGACAGACCACGGGGCGGAGAUCGUGUACAAGUCGCCCGUGGUGUCUGGGGACACGUCUCCGCGGCACCUCAGCAACGUGUCCUCCACGGGCAGCAUCGACAUGGUAGACUCGCCCCAGCUCGCCACGCUAGCCGACGAAGUGUCCGCCUCCCUGGCCAAGCAGGGUUUGUGAUCAGGCCCCCGGGGCGGUCAAUAAUCGUGGAGAGAAGAGAGAGAGUGUGGAAAAAAAAAGAAUAAUGAUCUGGCCCUUCGCCCUCUGCCCUCCCCCAGCUGCUCCUCACAGAUCGGUUAAUCGGUUAAUCACUUUAACCUGCUUUUGUCGCUCGGCCCUGGCUCGGGACUUCAAAAUCAGUGACGGGAAAAAGAGCAAAUUCCAGCUUUCCAAAUUGAUGGGUGGGCUGGCGAUAAUAAAAUAUUUUAAAAAACAUUUAAAAAGAC